GGUUUGCACAGGAACGUUUGAUGGUUGUUUCCGCCCGGCACACAUUUCUGCAAGCACCGGCGUCAAGAUGGCGAGACACCUCCGUUUCAUCGCUCGGACGGUGAUGGUCCAGGAGGGCAACGUGGAUGAUGCGUACAAGGCUUUAACCAGGGUCCUGGGUCAGGACAGGCUCAUUGACACUGUGAGAAGGAAGCGGUACUACGAGAAGCCCUGCCGAGAGAGACAGCGCAAAAACUAUGAAAACUGCAAGCGCAUCUAUCAUGCCGACAUGGCCAGGAAGAUCGCCUUCAUCUCCAGGACGCACAGGCAGGAUCCCUGGGUCGGAUCUUGAGACGGAGUGUGAUUAAACAGGACAUUUUCUAUGGACCAGUUCAGACAGGACCAGCAGUGGAAGAAUAAACCAGAGGGAAAACAACAAGAACAACAUGAAAAUGAGAAAAAUCAACAGACAGUCAACAGACUUCCGGGUGGUCACAUCAUUGUUUAAAAGUAAAAGGAAGACGUUACAAUAUUUUGUUCAGUUGCCAUUUUCAGGUUGACUUGGCAUUUUUCCUCUGAAGUCUAGCACAUCUAUUUGGAAAGGAGGGAAAAGUUGUGCUCUUUUGUUGUUGCUGUUAGCAUGAAAUCCAUGAAAUCUCGGUCAAUUAUAUUUUCUUGUGUUUUUCAUUUGAGAUCUACCCACACAAUCCUCAGUGAUGAAAAACAAUUAAAUAAUAAAAUGAUCAUCAUUUUCUGAGCAUUG